CGCACGCACACACUCACGGGCUGGCAUGAGAAAAAAACACAAAACAAAACAAAAUUCAGAGGCAGCUGAAUUCGAAUUCUCGAAUAUUUAUAAUUUAACAACCACCGCCGACGGCCGGGAAUCGAGCGUCGCGCAGCCAGGAAUCCAGGGAGCCCGACAAACCAUCAAAUUGCUUCGGAAACCCAGAAAACCCAAGCAGCAGCAGCAAAACAGCGAUUUGCGUCUCAAAGUUUGCGAGAGACAGGUGGAAAUUGAGAUACUUUGCGGACUCACAGAUAAAUCCGUGAAUUUCGCCGCAAAGACGACAUUUCGCCAUGGUGGAGCCCAUUUUCGAGUAUCAGUUUCGACUGAUUUUAAUCGGCGACAGCACCGUGGGCAAAAGUUCGCUGCUCAAGUUCUUCACAGACGGCAAAUUCGCCGAGUUGUCUGAUCCCACGGUGGGCGUCGACUUCUUCGCCCGCCUGAUCGAGAUGAAGGACGGCACACAGAUCAAGCUGCAGCUGUGGGACACCGCCGGGCAGGAGCGCUUCCGGUCGAUCACCAAGUCCUACUACCGCAACUCGGUGGGCGUGCUGCUCGUCUACGACAUAUCGAAUCACGCCAGCUUCGAGCACAUACCGCUGUGGAUGAUGGAGGCGCAGCGGCACAUCGAGCCCCACCGCCCCGUUUUCGCUUUGGUCGGCUGCAAGCUGGACCUGAUCAACGCGGGCGGCCACCGCGAGGUGACCACCGAGGAGGCGCAAAAGUUUGCCAAACAGCACGGCCUGCAUUUCGUGGAGACGUCGGCCCGUUCCGGUGCGAAUGUGGAGGAGGCCUUCCGCAUGGUCACCCAGGAGGUCUACGCCCGCAUCCGGUCGGGCGAGUACAAGGCAGAGGACGGCUGGGAUGGGAUCAAGUCCGGUUUCUCGCGGCCCAAUAGUCUCGACUUCAAUCUCGUCGUCGCCGAGCCGGAGAAGUCAUCCUGUUGUUGAUUACCUACCCCACAUCUUUUAUUAUUUUUUCAAUACUGUUUGUGUACAUUGAUUUGUAUCGUACCCCUCCUUUUUCCCCCCUGAAAAACUACUUUGUUGACUCUUUUAAUCUUGUUUAAUCGCCUAGUUAAGCUGGAAAACCAAAACAGUUACGUAUAUUUGUACAAUGCGUUUUUUUUUCUAAUUACCUUUAGUUUCGCUCUUAAGUUAACUUUUAGUUAGGUGACUCACGGAAAUUAGUGGUUUGUUUCGUCCCAAUUAUUCGAGAAAUACGUAGCGUAGAGUUUCUGUGCUCCUAACUCAUACAACACAUAACUCCACAUACACAAAUGCGAACGGAAAAGCUAUACAUAUACUUGAAACUUGAAAUAUAAACGUUUUUAUUAAUACGAA